AUGAAAAAUCAUAACACUCCAAAAAGUUCAGAAAGAUAUGGUAAACCCACUUAAUUAAUACGUCAUUCACUUCCAGUUGGAUUAUUCUCUAGUUAGAAUUCUCUAUUUGCAUCAAUACUUUCUGUAAAAAACAGAGAAAAAAAUAGUAUAAGUCAAAAAUAGAAGAAUUCUUAAACAAAUUUUGAAGUAGCAACAUAAAGAGCUGUAACACCUAAUAAUCAAAAUACAUCAAUUCCAUUAACAACAAAAUAUCAUCUAUGUAGUUAACCAUAAAAACAAAAAAAGAAAUCUAAUUUAAUAAAUAAGGAAUCAUAUUAAUCAAAAAUAUCAAAUCUUCUAUGCUAAAAUAAAAGUGUAGAUUUUGAUAAUAUGAGUUCUUAAAUUAAAUAAGGAAAUGAUUAAGAAAUGAAUAGAAUUUUUAAUAAUCUAAAAUUUGUUAGUUAAUAAAUUAAUGGAAUAAAGUUUAAUUAAUUAUCUCAAUAGAUUUUAUCUUAAUGGUAAAAAGUAUUGAUAUCUAAUUGUGAAAAAAUAAUAGAAAUAAAUUAAUAAAAAAAGUUAUCAGAAAUUGAAUAUCCAUAAUUAAUAAAAAGUGAUAGUUCAUCAUCUUAAAUGUAUAAUAAUAAUACAUCUGGUUUUAUUAUUGAAAAAUUAUUAGCAGAAGAAAGAAGAAAUCGUCUUAUGGUAGAAGAGUAGACAAGUAAAAUAAUAUAAAGUUAAGAAUCUGAAAUAAAAUCAUAUGUAUAUAUUACUUCUAUAUUAUUAAGAUCUAGAAAAUCAAAUAAUUAGAAUAGAGAUUAUUAGAAAAGAAUUCUUGGCAAUAAUGA